AUGACGGACAAUCGCGACCCGACCUCAAGAGAAAAACUGGUGCUCUACACGAACCCACAGAAGUGCAAGAAAGUGCUGGGGUUGUUAUUCAAAGAUAAGCAUUGCCAGCUGCUCAAGCCGAAUCCUAACGUCACGAACGACACGGUUAGCCCCACUGGUAUCCGCAGUCCCACAGGAAGGGCGGCCCCUCUGCCCGGGCCUCUCGUCGAGGUGCGGCACAUCCUGGACCGCAAGUUCGAGAAGGAGAAGGAGAAGCGCUUCUACGUCGGCGCCAGGGCGCGCGCCAGCGACGACUCCCCGGGCCCCGGCUGGACCACGCACCCCUGCGAGGCGGACAGGAAGGGGCGGCUGAUCGGGAAGGGCGGCUCGACGCGCAAGAAGAUUUGCGCGAUCACCGACGUCGAAUUCGAGUUCUUCGGCAGCGACGCUUGCAUCGUCGGCACGGGCCCCCAGCGCGAGCGGUGCGUGGAGAUGCUCAACCUUAUCCAGGGGCUUGGCUGGCCGAGCCGAGAGGUGUCGGCGCUGCCCGCCGCCCUGGAACCCAUCUCGGCCAGGGUCCCGCUGGAGAAGAAGGAGGCCCUGGGACGACUCGUUCGAGACCUUCUCGGACACCGGGAACAAGCACGCGUUCCUCGAGCAGAUGCAGGACGAGCUGACCGUGCUCUGCUACUUCCAGCCGCGCCCCGCGCCCCCACCGGAGACGCCCAUGGAGCCUGA